UAAUUGAGAUCACAACAACAUUUUAAAUAUUGCAGUUUAAAUAUUCAAAGUCAGAUUUGGUUCCUCUGUCGUGAACAAGACUCCCUUGUGAUCAACAUGACCACAAAAAAAUUGCCAAAAAGUACAAAAAAGCGUGGAAUUGUUGAGUCCAUUGAUGAAAGACUUCGAUAGCUCAGAUAAAAAAAUGGAAAACGUGUUGUUUUGGAUUUUCGGAUGGUUCCUGUCCGUCUUGACCAUGAUAGGAAAUGGAUUAGUCAUCCUUUUGGUUUGCGGACGACGACAGCUUCGCACCGAAACCAACGCUUUUAUCGCUUCCUUGGCUGUUGCUGAUUUCUGCGUAGGGAUAAGUGCUAUUCCAUUACAGUUCUUCUGUAUCUUGGCUAAUGGGUGCAAAAAUCGGCCAACAACCUCAAUCAGCUAUCUUUCAGUGAUGUUUAUAAGGGUGUUAUUUCAGUAUGCAUCUGGCGCAAACUUGUGUUGUCUAAUGUUGGAUCGCUACAUCGCUGUUACGAAACCUUUGAAAUAUCUAACUUUCAUGACACGCCGUCGGGUCAUUCGUAUAAUUUCUUUAGCGUGGGGAAUACCUCUCACGGUGAUAACACUUGUAGCAUCGCUUCGCUUUACGCUGAAUACCUCUCUGCUUUAUAAGAUCAGUGGCUGGUUGUAUGCGUGUUUUGACAUACCUUUGUGCAUUAUUUUAAUCUUCUGCUUUGUAUCCAUGUUUCGGAUCGUUUACAAACACGAGCGAGCUGCUCGAAUCUUAGCCAAACAAUUACAUUUUAACCACGAAGUUUUCAUAAAGACUCAGGGGAAGUCGACAGUAAAAAUGAUGGCAGUCGUUGUAGCUUUGUUUCUGUUGUGUUACAUAAUAUUUGCGCGAUGCAGUUUCAUUUUAAUCAUCAAUCAUCAUAACUCAUGCGAAGACGCCGUCUAUAAACUACCUAUCUUAGUUGUAAACUCCGCUGUAAACCCUUUAUCGUACGCAAUCUUUAAAAGAGACAUCAGGAAGGAGCUAAAAAGACAGAUGCACUCUAUUAUUAAUAUUUGAAACUACGCAAUCUCAUAAAAUGGCAAAGGCGAAUAUAAUUUAAUAAUGAUCUGGAACCAUUAUUAUUCAAGGUGGCAGUUCUUUUUCAAAACUGUAAUAUCAUGCCUUUUUACUAUGCUUGUAAUACUUUCUAAUUUUUCAUUUUUUUUUCUUAAUUUGUAACAUGAAACUAUGGUCAUAACAUUGCAGAAAGGUAAUGGAUUCGAGAAAAGACUAGCAAAGGAAAUCGCAUUGUUUUAAUCAUAAUGUCAA